GUAGACAUCCAGUCAGUGUAAAAGCAAUUCGCACCAAACAAAAAGAAGUAUGGGUGGAAGAGAUCACUAGUGGUGGUUUUUUUCAAAGAAAAAGGGUGAAAGAGAGGGAGGGACGAAGGGUGGGUGGGAGAGAAUGUGGGGAAGUGGAAGAGGGACGGAGAGAGUGGGGAGGUGGGUGUGAGAGUUGGGAAGUGGGUGUGGAGUGGGGAAGUGAAAAAAUAGCGAAGAGGGUAAAAAAGCAAAGAAACUUAGAAAGAAGAGAACGAAGAG